AUGUCGACAGACGCGGAGAGUGGCCAAGUCUCAGAAGAGAAUAAAGAGAGGAAGAGCUGGAAAAGUUUUGUCUGGGAUAGUCUUGACAAAUCCCCUGAGGAGAGACGAUUGGUCCUGAAGCUUGACCUGACAUUGCUAACAUUGGGAUGCCUCGGUUACUUUACAAAAUACCUUGAUCAGGCAAACCUGACCAAUGCCUUCGUGUCUGGAAUGAAGGAAGACCUUCAUAUGUUCGGAAACCAACUGAAUUACGCGACCACUUGCUUCACUGUCGGAUAUAUUGUUGCCGAAAUCCCGAGUAAUUUAAUAUUAACAAGAGUUCGACCAUCAAUUUUCAUACCUACUUGUCAGAUGUUAUGGACCGGUCUUACUAUGUGCACUGCAGCUUGCAAGACUCCAACCCAGCUCUACGUGCUCCGAUUCUUCGUUGGUGUUGCUGAAGCCGGAUACUAUCCGGGCAUGAAUUAUAUGAUCGGUUCCUGGUACGGCAAAGACGAGAUGGCGAAACGAGCCUGUAUCCUCAACGGAAGUGGUUCAGCAGCCCUCAUGUUCUCUGGUUUCUUGAUGACCGCAGUGAUUAAUUUAGGCGGAAAAGGUGGACUUCCGGGAUGGAAAUGGUUGUUCAUCAUGGACGGCGUGAUAUCUUUCCCUAUUGCUGUUGUUAGCUACAUCUUUUUGCCAGACUCACCGGAGACCUGCCGAGGUUUUCUAUUCACGAAAGAGCAAAUUACUCUUGCCAAAAAACGAAUGGUACUCGCGGAGCGUCGUCUGAAACAACCCAUCACAUGGGCAAAAGUGAAGAAAAUUUUUUCAUCUUGGCAUAUUUAUCUUCUCAGCCUAUAUUAUAUCAUGAUCAGCGGAACAAGCGGAACUCCUAUUUUCCCACAAUACCUCAAAGAUCAUGUGAAACCCAAAUACAGUGUUCAACAAAUUAACCUUUAUCCAACAGGAACUUAUGCGGUUCAAAUAUUCUCUGCACUGGUCUUUGCAUGGGUGUCGGAUGCAUUCUUAAAUGGACAGCGAUGGGGAGUCCUACUCUUUGGAGCGGUUUUUAACCUCAUUACUAUGGGUUCACUCGCCGCUUGGAAUAUCGCUGAGGGUUGGCGCUGGGCCUGUUACUAUCUGGCCGGCAUACACGUCGGUGCGUCGGGUAUAGUUUUCACCUGGGCGAAUGAAAUUUGUACCGACGAUACUGAAGAGCGUGCCCUUGUUCUAGCAACAAUGAAUUCAAUGGUCAGUGUCGUUGGGGCUUGGCUUCCACUCCUGGUCUGGCAGCAAGUCGAUGCUCCAGUAUAUCAUAAAGGGUUUAUCACAGCUACUGUGUUUGGUGCUAUUGCUGUGAUCCUUAUUCCUGUCAUGAAAAUACUUCAGGAUAAGGAGGUUAAGGAUGAGAGGCUAGGAUUCCUCACCAAAGGCGAGGAUAUUGCAGGUCUCAUGAAAUCGCUUGACACAAUCUUACACCUCCAUACCUUCCUUAGUGUAUUCCCCUGGCUGAUGCCUAUGGUUCAUUUUAUACAUGGCAUUCUCUCCAAGAAUAAGGAAGUUUAUCACCAGAAAUUUGGGAAUGAGAAGAUCAAGUUGAAACGCCAAGAAACAGCAGAUGCGGACGAAACAGGACCCGUAUGCAUGGUCAAGAAGUUCAUCGACGCCCAAAGGAGGAAAGAUGACAAUAAGGGCAUCACGGACUGGGAUAUUUCGCUCAACGCUGGUGCAAAUAUCGGUGCUGGAAGUGAUACAACGGCCAUUACCCUUAGUUCUAUUGUAUACUUCAUAUAUCAAAACCCUCAGGUCCUCGAAAAGGUUAGAGAUGAGAUUGAGACUGCUAGACUUGCACCAAUACCGACGUUCCAGUCGGUACAACAGUUGCCCUAUUUGCAGGCUGUUAUCAAAGAGGUGACCCGUGUAAACCCAGCGAGCGGGUUGCCACUGUGGAGAGAGGUUCCAAAGGGAGGUGCAGUUCUAUGUGGCCAGUAUUUUCCAGAAGGGAACGCUGGAUCGAAGCUUUCAACAGCAGCAAACCUUUCAGAGAAGAUAGUUAUCUCACGUUUGGGCUUGGAUCUCGAACUUGCAUAG